AUGGAUCAUUCAACCAUUUCUCAUCCUUAUCCCCCUUCUUAUCAUUCUCAUCUAUCUCCUCCAAAAGAGUAUCACUCGAUACAGAUUGAUGAUCCAGUGCCAAGAAAUCAUAAACUACGACAGUCCUCUUAUCAGAAUGAUCAUCAAAGUCCCGAUUCUUCCUCGUCAAGACCUACUACUCGACUUCAGAGAUCCGCUUCGGAAUCUUCCACUCAUCCCGUUCUUCCCGAUGGUUCGUACGGACGCAAGGAGAUUCCUCAUAGGUGGACUGAAGAAGAUGAAGAUGCCGAAAGAGAGUUCUUGUCCAAAGGCAUGAUCGAUUGGAAGAGAUUAAAAGGUUGGAGAUUCUGGAUCAGAAAAGAAUGGUGGUACUGGUAUAUCAUCGCCAUCCUAUGUGCUGUGCUUGUCAUUCUUAUGUCGCUCUAUCAUGAUGAAAUUGUCAAAUGGAUGACGCCCUUCGCGAACUGGAUGAAAGAUCUACCAGGAGGAUGGGCAAUUCCAAUCGGUAUAUUUUUCGUCCUUUCUUUCCCGCCCUUAUUUGGACACGAGAUCCUCGCCGUUUUAGUGGGUGCCGUAUGGGGAUUGUGGAUAGGAUUUGGCAUUACAGCAGCCGGUACAUUGCUUGGUGAAAUGGGAAACUUCUAUGCUUUCAAGUACUGCUUAAGAUCAACAGCGAAGAAAUAUGAGAAGAGCAAUAUUAAUUAUGCUUGUAUGGCACAUGUCGUAAGAGAUGGCGGAUUUUGGAUGAUCUUCAUUAUAAGAUUGAGCGCGAUUCCCGGGCAUUUCUCAACUGCCGUCUUUGCCACAUGCGGAAUUGGAUUCUGGAUUUUCACGAUCGCUUGUGUUCUUACUUUACCUAAGCAAUUGAUCGUUGUUUAUCUUGGUGUGAUGUUCGCCAAGGACGAAGAUACCACAUCCAAAGAGAAGUGGAUCUCUCACAGUGUAUUAGCUGUCGGUUUCGUGAUCACGAUCUGGGCCGCAUGGUAUAUUUGGAAGAAGAUGCACCAAGCGAGAAUCCAUGUUUGGCGAAAGAAGAGAAUCGAAGCUGCCUCCAAAGGUCUUACCAUGAAUGACGUCUCCUUAGACAAACACUGGGCGAGACCAACAAUGGCUGAGAAUGUCGACGAUGUUGCGAGUCCAAUUUUGUUGCAUAAUACCAAUCCAAACAUCGACCCAUACGAUGACCCCUACAAUGACACGAGUCAUGCCCAAGGUAGCGAGUCAGACUCCAAAUAUGAAGACCCGGAUGCAAAUCCCAGAUUAGGAAAUUGGUUGGAUUGGAAUUACACGGACAAAGGCGCUUUCAUCACACACCAAGGUACUUUCUACGAUAUUGAGAGAAUCCCGAAUACUCUUUCAGACCGAGUUAUCAAUCAAAAAAUACCCUUUCCUACAGUGACUUGGCCAGGAGUACGAAUAAUCGGUGAUCGGAUGGAGAUGAUGACAGCAGAAGAUGUAGAGAAUAAAAGAAUCAAGCAUAGACUCGGCCAGGACUAUCGUUUAACCGGUCAUGACGAUCCAGAGCUAGAUCGUUUGUAUGAAGAAGAAGGUCGCAUCGCUAUCGAGUCGCCAGCAUUUCAGUCUAUUCCCACGAUACAAUUCGACAACGAUAUACAUUACGCCAAGACUCCAAGAUCAACUGGUGAAAUUCAAAACCUCAUUGCCACUCGAGGAGUUCCGAAAAUCGUACAAUUGAUCGGGAAGACCUCUGACGGGAAGAUUCUCACCAAGCUUUAUGGUCAAAAUAUCACCGAGUGGAUACGUGAUCGAUCGAUGAAGAUUCCGAAGGAAUGGACGAACAAUUGGGUAGUUGACAUAGCCCAGGGUUUGGCUAAUUUACACCACCGAAACAUCUUGCACAGAGACUUGACCAUCAAUAACGUUCUCUUCAGACGUGAUCACGCCAUUAUUUGUGAUUUAGGAUCGGUAGGGACGACUGGAAGCGCUCAACCACCCGAGUACGUUCAGAGACGUGAAUUCGACAAAAGAUCAGAUAUCUAUGGGUUUGGCACACUGUUGUGGUCAAUCGAGAAUCGAAACAUGCCAAGAUCUCAUGCUUCACUUCAUUGUACUGGUCCUUUCAAGGAUAUCAUGGCAAGAUGUCUCGCCACAGACCCCGCUGCUCGCCCUACGGUUGAUGACAUCCUCCUCGAACUGAAAUCCCUCUCAUCAGCCCCCACCGCCAAUGCUCGAUUCCCAGAACCUAAAGCUACCGGAGCCAAGUCUUACAAAAUAUUAAACAGACAACCCACAAAUGCUACUACAUACUCUACAGCAUUGGACACCGAAGAUAUCACAGAAUUUCCAGUACCUUCUCCUGCGAAAGUGAAAGAUCAUGUCGAUCAUGGUCGAGAUCAUGCGUACCGAUAA